AUGCAUUCAAUACUGUUUGUUGCAAUCCUCGGAGCCAUGGCUGUCGUCAAUGCUGCUCCAGCAUCUACAACUGUAAACCCCGAUGCAGUUACAGGAACAACGUGUACCGAUCCUUCAACAACUCUUGUAUCUCAUGAUAUCAACGUGGCUCUUCUCGGAAUUUGUGGAGGUAUAGCAGGGACUAUUCAACAAUGCGGUGGCGAGCCUACGUCAACAACCGGAGAAUCGGGCACUGCUCUCUUGAAACUCAAUGCUGCUACAUCUGGCCAGACAAUUGAUAUCACGAAAGGUAGAUGGGAAGGAUGUAUGAGAGCAGCGAGAGCGGUGUGCGGAGAUAGUCCUUUCACCAGUACUUGCAUUGGUGGAGCGAAGGUGAAUGCUGGCAAUGUAGACUUCGAACUUUCUGCCGCAUAA